AUGAAUGAGUUCGAACAAUUAGGAGCGCAAGAACUUCUCUCACUGUUAGGUGAUGAUGAAUUGAUGUCAGUUAAAGAAACAGUGACGAAAUCGAUAAUUAAAACGAAUACGAAAGCAGAAACAAUCGAUGCUUGUCUGAAAUGUUCUCAAUCAGCUAUGCAACUGUUACGACGGAAGAAAAUUCGAAGAGACAUUCUCAUGCAGUAUCUCGCGAGAAAAUCCAUACCGGUGGUUGCUGGUACCGACAAGGUUCGAUUGAUCAAACAGAUUAUCGAAUUUUGGAAUAGUGGAUCGUCACCAGCGAUAACAGCGAAUCAAGCUGUACCUACGAUAUUACCCACGAUUUAUCAGUUAUCUCAUCAAUUCACUGAAUGGUUCUAUACUUCUUGGAACACACUGACCACUUUCUCACCUGAACAUUUCUUUCCCGAUUGUGAAUUAACACUUGUACAUGAAAAUCAACAUCGAGUUUUAGGUUCGUAUUAUGUCUGUGAUAUCCUUCGUUCGUAUGUUGCUACCCAAAAUCUACGGUUUUGUCCAAAUAUUCCAUCGAAUAAAGCAGAAGAGUCUAAACAUGGUCUUGUACUCGUUCAAAUUCACGGGACCAUACAUCAGCAUGGAACAUGUGUUGGAAUAUUUGAUCAAGCAUUCGGUUUAGUUCGUGAUCCCAAUCAUAGUAAUAAUUAUUUAAUAAAAUUUACCUUCCUCAACAUGCAAACCCAAACUGCUCAGCAACAAUCGCAAUUAUUAUCAGCAAAUCAUCCCACACCUUCCUAUUUGGUCGACAUUUUGCAGAAUUAUGACACAACUAUCCAACAACAGAUCGACUCGACUGAUUAUAUCAUCGAUGAGGGCGAUGAUAACGACGACGGUGAUGAUAAUGGCAUAAAGCCGAAAUCUUUUCUAAACUAA